ACAAAAAUAAUGGUGGCAGUAAUACCCGAAAAACCAAAAUCUUCACUUAAAUAUAUCGAUUCUGAGAAAACAAAUAUAAGUAAAGAUUCGAUUGUUGAAGAACCAAUAGUUACUGCGGCCGUUAUUACAAAAGAUGAUCCAAAUUUACCAUGUUUGACAUUUAGAUUUUGGGUUAUGAGUACGUUUUUCACAUCGCUUGGCGCAGCAAUAUCCCAAUUCUACUAUUUCCGUCCGAAUAUUGGAUAUUUUUCCAUCUUUUUUGUGGUACUUGUAUCUAAUUUUAUUGGAAAAUGGAUGGCAAUAGUACUCCCGACGAGAAAAUUUCGAAUUUGGCGAUGGGAAUUUAGUUUUAAUCCAGGUCCGUUCAAUGUCAAAGAACACGUUUGUAUAACAGUAGCUGCAAGUACUGGAGGUGUAUCAGCUUAUGCUACUGACAUCAUUGCCAUACAAGAACUUUUCUAUCAUCAGACCAUCAAUUUUGUUACAGGUUUCCUUUUGCUUAUGAGUACUCAAAUUUUGGGAUAUGGACUCGCAGGAUUUCUUAGAAAAUACCUAGUUCGCCCAGCAAACAUGAUUUGGCCGUCUAACCUUGUAUUCGCGUCCAUGUUCAAUACACUUCACGGCAAUGUGUCCGAAACGCGUGAUAGAAUUCGAUUUUUUUCUGUUGCGUUCUCCUUUAUGUUCGUUUGGCAAUUUGUGCCGCAGUACAUGUUUACUUGGUUGACAAGUAUGGCUUUAUUAUGUUUGAUAGCUCCAUACGAUAGGUUAAUAAAUAGGUUAGGAAGCGGUUAUCAUGGUGUAGGAAUUUUGAAUUUUACAUUAGAUUGGAAUGCAAUUGGUCAAGUUGGACCGUUAUUUACUCCAUG